AUGCUUGAAAGCCCAUAACUUUAGACUAACUCUGAUAAUUAAAACUAAUACCAGAAAACUCUUAUAGCUUAAUCGAAGAAAGAGAUUUCAAUUGAUAAGAACUAAUUAUCAGUUUAGAAACUUAAGGACAUAAGUCGAAUGAAAAAGUAUUCUUAGGAUAUUUUGAUAAAGAGCAAUAGUGUUGAGAAUAAGUCAAGAUCUUAGAAGGAAUCACCUAGGUAAAUGUCUUCAAGUCAAUACAAAAAGUAUCUCGACUUGAAUCAUAUCAACCACAAAUAUGCCAAUGUUUAAACAGAAAUUGCUGAUUCACAAGCAUAAACUUUCUCUGUUGAAGGUCAAAGUGUAGAGUCUUAUUAGGCUAAUAAAAAAUCAAAAAAAGAAAGCAUUUCUGGAAGAUUGAAUACGGAAUAAGUUGAAUUUCCAAGGAACGAUUUGCUUUGUUCAAAUGAUUACUUUAAAAUAGGUUCUAGUGAGAUAUGCAUGAUGAUGGAGGCGAAAGGCAAAUUAGAUUCUUGCAAAUAAAUGCUGAGAAGACUUCCUGAGUCAAGGAACUUUAAUCAAUUUUAAAUAAAAGUAGAUGAAAUACUGAGUUAUGAAAAGAAAGCGAUGCUGUUUCCUAUCAACGCCUCUACAUUCGUUCAAGAAUUACAAAAUCUCUAGAAUUAUAUCAAAGAUACUUUUGCAAGGAAAUUUUAUCAAGCUUAAUCAUCAAACUCAUAGCAAAGAUUAGCGUCAUCAUCAAAGGAUACCUCAGCGAAGGCAGACCCUAGAAAAUCUUCCCCAGUCAAUUUUCUACUACAAGUCUAAACUAAACCCUAGCAGGAGUCUAGUCAGAUUACCAGAGUUCUCAGAAUGAGAACUGAAUCAUCAAUAGAAAGCAACAACUCUGUUAAUAGGAGGACUAAAUCAGAUGGCUUUUUCAAUUACACUCAUCGAUUAGAGGGUUUAUCGAAAAAGUUAUAGCACCUACCUGAUGUUUAUGGUCAAAAUUUCUGCAGAAAAUCUUCCUCUUCCUAAAAGAAAAAGAACUUUAUUUAGGAAAACAAGAAGCUUAUCAGUGAUAUGAGUCGUCAGAAAUCUUAGGAGAAAGAGUUAGAGAAAAGGCUUAAGGAUGAAUUGGAGGAGUGCAAGAUCAUAGCUUAAACUGAAGCACCUAAUACUGAGAGAUCUCAUAAAGAUACUUAAUCUAGAAAUUUCAGCAAUAGACAAAAAUCUUGUUAUAAACACAAAUUAGAAGAGUAACUUAGACAAAGAAUCAAGUAAGCUAAUAACAUGAGAAGUACAUUUCUCACAAAAGCUACACUCAGUAAUUUGCCCGAAUAGAGUCCUUCCCCGAUCUAGAAACCCGGACAGAUGAGUUUCAUUGUUACUGAUGAAUAAGCAAAAGAUCUACUUGAGCUUUUAAAAACAUAGCCUUACAAUUCUCCAUUUGGUUAGUUUGGCAGUACUAAGGAGAUUUAUCAAUAAAUCCAGUCUUAACUGGUAUUAAAGGACAAAAUUGAGAAUGAAAACCCCACUACUAUCCUUGAAGAAGAGGAUACUUUGAACCUGCUCUCAUCCCCUGAUGAUAAAAAUCUCAUCUAAUCAUUGACAUCUCUAAAUAGCAUGAAUAGUUUAAAGCAGAGGGCUGACCAAAUGGCAAUCUCAGAUUUUAGAUUAAAGGAAACAAUGCCAAACCUACCUGAAUUUAACAGAGGAAAUUAGCCAGUAUUAACUUAACAGAGAUAGAAUGACAGGCUGAGAUUUAAAAAAUCACCAAGAGAUAAUUUCUAACACCAAGAGAACAAAGAUCCUAAUCUUAAGCCUAUAAUGAAUUCCGUGAGAUCAGUCCCAAAACUUUAAAAAUUAGCUAGGAUUAGAAAUUGA